UUGCACCAAACAAACAAAAGCCGGGACCGGGGGAUCUCCGGAUCGGACGCCCAGGAGACUAGAGAGGCAUUUUCGCCGGCGGGCAGAAACGCGACGAGCGAGGGCUAACUGAGGCGGCGGAAAGACGCGGUCACGCCGUGCCCCAUGGCGCUCAAAGGGGCCGAAGCAACGACGGUGCAGCUCGAGGACCUCGUCCCGGCGGCGACCAACACCGUGAACACCACGUUCAUCGUGCUCGACAAGGCGGCCCGGCAGGCCCACGGGCACGCGCACAACGGUAGGGAGGAGACGUGCAUGUCGCUGGUGGCCGACGAGACGGCGGCCGUGCAUUUCAUGCUGUGGGGCGCCGAGUGCGAAGCCUUCCAGCCCGGGGACAUCGUGCGGCUCACGGGCGGCAUCUUCUCCUACCACCGGGGCAACAGCCUCGUGCUGCGGGCCGGCAAGAGAGGACGCGCGGAGAAGGUGGGUGAGUUCACCAUGCUGUUCGUGGAGACGCCCAACAUGAGCGAGAUGAGGUGGGGGCGCGAUCCCGGGGAUCCCAGGAAGAUGGUGCAGGAGGCCGUCGUCUCGCCCUACUCCCAGGUCUUCAAGCCGCUGCACUGAUGCCAACGUUCUAGUUAGGCUUCCUGCUCUCGGCUGAGUGAAACUGCCCCUCGGUUAGUUGUGCUAAAUUAGGGACAAGUAAUUUCGGCCAGAGAGUAGUGUUAUCAUUAUGGAUAUAUAUAAGGAGGUUCAUUCAUGUAAUGUAAUUAAACCAUUUUUUUCACAGAGCAUAUAUAUAAGGAGAAUAUGUAUAAUGCA